AUGCCGUCCGAACUAGAUUUACUCAGACAAGAAAAUGCAAAACUUAUGGCCAGAGUCGCGAAAUUGGAACAGACUGCAGAGGAAAAUGACGAGCUUAAGGCUAGAAUUGCGAAAUUGGAACAGAAGCGGUUACAAAAUGUUAUUUCUUCGGAUAGCCGUCCAUCCAACUCCUCGUCCAUAUCGCCAGAAGAUAAAGAGGUCGAUGAUUUUGUGGAUUUGAAAGUUAAAGAAAGGUCACCUUCGUUGCAAACUGAAGUGUCUGAAUUAGAACAGGACGAUAAAAUUGAUAAAAACCAAAUUGUUGAACAAGGUUUAAUACAGGAAUUGCAUUUACCUACUAAAGAAAACGAUAGCUCUAUCAAAACCAGCAACUCUGGCGACAAAUCAGGGAAUAUGUCUUCGGAGGAAUCGAUGAUUGUUUCCUUUGAAAAAUUUCCAACAUUUGUCUCACUUAUUUAA